AUGACAUUCAUUAUUGAAUUUAAUAAUUUUGUUUUUUGUAUGACAGGUCGUUACGUAAAAUAUUCACGCCGGCUUCCUCAAACGCCAUGGCUUGUGCAUGGAAAAUAUAGAACAGAAACUUCAGUUCAAGAAUUAAUAUGUUUACCACUCCUGACUUAUACUAGAGCAGAAUCUCUGAAAUUUCUAUCAUCUGGCAGAGAAGAUGUUGAUGUGAGAAUGUUAGCACCUGGGCGACCUUUUGCUGUCGAACUUGUCAAUCCAAAAAUAACUAGGAUUACACAGCAUCAGUUAGGCUGUCUACAUGAAGAAAUUGUAAAAAAAACUAAUAAAAUUCAAAUUACUAAUGAAUUAAAAAUAUUAGCAAAAACAAAUUUAAAAAUUUUAAAACAGGGAGAGAUUUCUAAAUCAAAGUCAUAUCGAGCCUUAUGCAUUUGUAGGAAGGAAGAUUUAAACCUUUUUUUCAUAAACAAGCUUCAAACAAUGAAACAGUUUAAAAUUAUCCAAAACACACCUGUUCGAGUUCUUCAUCGACGAACAUUGUCUCCUAGAGAACGUACUAUUUAUGAAAUUCGAGGGCGCUUGGCUUAUCCACAUGAGUUAAACAGUUUUUACCAGCUGAUAAAAGGAAUUUCAAAACGCUACGUUUUCAUCGUAAUCGAUCUUAAAACUCAAGCUGGAACUUAUAUCAAAGAAUUUGUUCAUGGAGAUUUUGGUCGAACAUAUCCCAAUCUUUGUUAUUUACUUCAUACGGAAAUCGAUCUAAUAGCACUUGAUGUCACUAACAUUUCGGUAAAAUGGCCAUAAAAUUAUUUCAAGUCCAAAUGUAAAGUAUGUAAACGUAAUUAAAUAUAUUUUUGGCAAACAUUAGUGCAAAUGUAUUAGAAUUUUCUUUUUAAUAGAAACAAAACUCUUUUUUUCUAGUUGUUGAGAUCUUAAUACGCAUUGUAACUCUAUAAAAAUAAAAAUAGUCUUGAGAA